AUGCUUGGUUGUUUGCGAAAAGGUAUGGCUUCAUAUAAGAACUCGCUGUAACCCGCCCAAGACUUCGAUUCUUCACUCUCACCACACUCCUUCCAUUCGUUCUCUACUGCUCAAUCGUUCAUUCAUCAUGGCCAAGUACCUCUCUUUGGCCAUCUCAGCUGCGGCUCUAGCCCAGGCUGUCAGCCUGGAAGAUGUCUGUACUUCCGCCUACGCCAAGGCGGCGAUUCCCUCCACCGGUCUGGCCCAGGGGGUGGUCACUAACCCCUCCAGCGUCACCGCAGCCCCGGUCUACAAUGAAUCCACCGCUGGAUCCAACUACUAUCCUGCCGGCACCUACAACUACUGCAACAUCACCAUGACCUACUCCCAUGCGGGUAAGGACGACGAGGUUCUGCUGCAGUUCUGGAUGCCAUCCCCCGAGGACUUCCAGAACCGCUGGCUCUCGACUGGUGGCUUCGGGUUCGCUAUCAACGUCGCCACCAACGUCCCCGCUGGUCUGCCCUACGGUGCCGUCGCUGGCCGCACCGAUGGAGGGUUUGGCAGCUUCGACACUCAAUUCUCGUCUGUCUACCCUCUUGUGAACGGCACCGCUAAUUACGAUGCCCUGUACAUGUUCGGCUACCAGGCCCACCACGAGAUGUCCUCCAUUGGCAAGGCGUUCACCAAGAACUUCUUUAACAUGACCGACAAGCUCUACUCCUACUACCAGGGUUGCUCUGAGGGCGGUCGCGAGGGUUGGAGUCAGCUUCAGCGCUUUCCCGAAGAAUGGAGCGGUGCUGUUAUUGGUGCCCCGGCCAUUCGCUACGGUCAACAACAGGUCAACCAUCUUGUGCCACAGGUCGUCCAGCAGACUCUGGGAUACUACCCCCCCAACUGCGAAAUGUCCGAGUUGGUGACGCAGAUUAUCGACGGGUGCGACGCUCUGGAUGGUCGCAAAGACGGAGUCAUCUCGCGCAGCGACCUCUGCAAGUUGAACUUCGACCUCAAGUCCACUAUCGGAAAGCCGUACUCGUGCGCAGCCAGCACCAGCAUGGGCGUCUCGACUCCUGCGCAGAACGGCACCAUCACCGCUGAGGGUGUCCGCGUUGCGCAGACCAUCCUUGACGGAUUGAAGGACUCCGAGGGUCGCCAGGCCUACUUCUGGUACCAAAUUGGAUCCGAGUUCACCGACGCUGAAACCAGCUACGACGCGACUACUAAGACCUAUGGCAUUGACAUCUCCGAACUGGGCGGCGAGUGGGUUACUCACGGCCUGCAGCUGCUGGACCUCGACAACCUGUCCAACCUCGAUAACGUGACCUACGACGUGCUCCGCGACUGGAUGCUGGAGGGCCUGCAGCGGUACGAGGACGUGCUGCAGACGACCUGGCCCGACCUGUCACGCUUCCAGGCUGCUGGUGGAAAGGUUAUUCACUACCACGGUGAAUCCGAUAACUCUAUCCCCGCGUCGUCAUCGAUCCGUUACUUCGAGUCCGUGCGCAACACCAUGUUCCCCAACUCGACUUACGCCUACGAUGAAUCGAUCAAGGCCAUCAACGAGUUCUACCGCCUGUACCUGGUGCCCGGUGCCUCGCACUGCAACACCAACUCGCUGCAGCCCAACGGUCCCUACCCUCAGGACUCGCUCGGUGACCUCAUGAGAUGGGUGGAGAAGGGAGUCGACCCCGUCACGCUGAACGGUACCGUGCUCACUGGCGACAACGCCGGCGAGCACCAGAACAUCUGCUCGUGGCCUCUUCGUCCCCUGUGGAAGAACAACGGCACCACUCUGGAGUGUGUCGAGGACAAGGCGUCGAUCCAGACCUUCCUUUACGAGCUGGAUGCUUACAACAUCACUAUCUACUAAUCAGUCUUCUCGAUCACCUUGUCGAUCGACGUGACAUGCCUGUACACUACAGGUGGUAAGCCAACGAAAUUGCCCUCCGUCGUAACGCUAUGCUGAACAUGGAGAGAUGAUCACGUUGAGCUAUCUUGAAAUAUGGUAGUCUCACCGCGGAGCCUACUUACACGGCGGCAUCUGGCCUAGGUCCAGACUUAGGCCAUCAAGCACGUGCAGCAAUGUAC